CAGUCAACAGUGGAGGCCCCACCCUUUGUGUUACCCACCGCCCGUCAAUCAAAAUAGAAAAAAAUCUGACAGUUAUCACCAAUUUCUGCGCGUAUACAAUCAGUGUAAUGUGCUGAUCAUGUCCGGUGGCUUGUGACUAUCAGGACCCUCCGUUUUACGACAAGUCACGCAAUGACUGCCCCAGAACAGCCAAUGAAACCAGAUGAUAUGGCUGCCUUGGACGUGGACAGUAGUCAGAGCGACUUUAUGCAGCAGGAGGAAGGCAGGGGCAAUCAGGACACUCAGCCAUCACCCCUCGACCUGCUAGCAACGACCUGCACUAAGGUUGGGUCUCCAUCGUCAGAGGUGGACAGAGGUGCUGCUGCUGAUGUGACAUCAGAUCCAUCUACUCAGCUCACUGGGACUGACAAAUGGGAGGUGUUAACCCCCACAACAGCAGCAAAGGAUGAGUCUGGAAUAAUACAGAUCCAAAGUCAAGGAAUAUUAACAUCAAAUGGACAGUAUGUUCUUCCUCUCCAGAACUUACAGAGUCAGCCAAUCUUUGUGACAUCGGGAACGGACGACUCAUCUGCCAAUUCAGUGCCUAACAUUCAGUACCAAGUAAUUCCUCAGAUUCAGACAGCAGAUGGACAGCUGAGCUUCUCCACGUCCGACGUGGAAGGACCAACUCUGACUCAGGACGCCACGGGACAGAUUCAGAUCUUGCCCGAUGGUAGCCAGAGUCUCAAUGUGACAUCAACUGCGAACAUCCUUAACAACAACCAGAACCUCAUAUCACAGACUGGUAAUGUCCAGCAGAUCCAGGGGGUUUCUAUUGGCAGCUCCACCUUCAACAACCAGGGCCAGGUUGUUACUAAUGUGCCUGUGGGUUUGCCCGGGAACAUUACCUUUGUUCCUAUUAACAGCGUGGACUUGGACUCCCUUGGCCUGUCUGGUGCUCAAACUAUAGCAACAGGGGUCACUGCUGACGGCCAGCUAAUUAUGGCGAGUCAGCCUGUGGAUGGCUCAGAGAGUCUGGCUAAGACAGAUGAUCACCUCUCACAGACAAUACCAGUUAAUGACUCCCAUGCAAAUCCUGAGAUAUUUGUGCCAACGUCUUCCUCUCAGCUACAAGUUCCCGCAAACGAAUCAGGUCUGCUGACGCAGGAUGCUUCAUUAUCAUCAGUGGCUACAGAGCAAGCCGACUCCAGUUCUGGUCUCCAAGAAGGCUUCAUCCAGCAGAAUCAGGAGCAGAGUGUCCAGGUGUCCUCAGCUCAGCCCAUCAUCCAGCUGCAGCAGGUUCCUGUUCAGACCACCAAUGGUCAGGUGGUCCAGUCAGUGGCGACGGGUGGGCAGGGUCUGCAAAAUGUGCAACUGAUCAACCCAGGAACCUUCAUCAUCCAAGCUCAAACAGUUACCCCAUCGGGACAGAUACAGUGGCAGACCUUCCAGGUGCAAGGAGUGCAGAACCUUCAGAACCUACAGCUGCCCACCACCCCACCUCAACAGAUAACUCUGGCACCAGUCCAGACCCUGUCAUUGGGUAGCCUCAGCACAGGGCAGAUCCCCAACCUGCAGACAGUGACAGUCAACUCAGUGGCUCAACAGGAAGGAGGCACAGACACCCCUGGAGAUAUUCAGAUCAAGGAAGAGCCAGACUCUGGAGACUGGCAGCUAAGCACAGACUCCACCCUGAACACAAGCGAUCUGUCCCACCUCCGGGUCAGGCUGGUGGAUGAGGAGGAUCAGCUGGGCCAAGAGGGCAAGAGGCUGCGCAGAGUGGCUUGUACUUGCCCUAACUGCAAAGAGUCGGGUGGGAGGGGAUCCAGCAUGGGGAAGAAGAAGCAGCACAUCUGCCACAUCGCAGGCUGUGGGAAAGUGUACGGAAAAACAUCACACCUGCGCGCACACCUGCGCUGGCAUUCUGGGGAGCGACCUUUUGUUUGCAGCUGGAUGUUCUGUGGGAAGAGGUUCACACGCAGCGAUGAGCUGCAGAGACACCGGAGAACACACACAGGAGAGAAGAAGUUUGUCUGCCCAGAAUGUUCCAAGCGAUUCAUGCGGAGCGACCACCUGGCGAAGCACAUUAAAACUCAUCAGAACAAAAAAGGCGUGAACUCUGGCAGCGCCGUGGUGGCCUCGAUGGAAUCCGCAGGGUCCUCAGACAGUAUCAUCACCACGGCAGGCGGGACCACCCUCAUCCUGACCAACAUCCAGCAGGGCUCGAGCAACGCCCAGGACAUCCUGGCCAACGCAGAGAUCCCUCUCCAGCUCGUCACCACAGUAGCGGCAAGCGAAGUCAUGGAGUAAUUUACACUCCACUUAUGAACUUCUGCAACCUCUCUCAUACUGUAUACUCCUACUUGCAUUUUUAUUCAAGUUUUGAAGGAAAAGCUAAAAUUAUAAAUAUAUAUAUAUAUAUCUAUAUAUAUAUAUUUUAACACAGAAAUAGUUGGUCCAUGCCCAUUCUCAGUUUUUACUGAGUUAAAAAGCAAACAAGUGGAGACUAAAGGUGGAAAAAGACAUUGCAGUAAACACACAAGGAAAUGCCUUAUUUUGUACAAUAUUGUGUAGUUGAAAUUGUAGGAUUCCAGUUUGUUUUAAAUCUACUUAUUUGUUUAUAAUAAUGUUUUUCAUGAAAAAAAAACUAUUGAUAAGUUGAGCAAUUUUCUUCCUUGCUUUUUGUUGAUGGUAUACUUUGAUGAUGUCCUUGGAUAGCAAGAUUUGUUCAGCAAAGACUAAAUCUCACAGCAGAGCUAAUUUUAUCCAGCUGAGGUAAAGUUAUUGUUUUUGUCCAUGCAAAAUUUUCAUGUUGCCUGUUUAUUUUUUUCUGUUAUUAUUAUGCAUCUUUGUUUCCUUGCCGUCGGUCCGUUCUCCAUUUUUAUGGAUUUGCUCGCACCUACGACGUUUUGCAGGUGAAAAGGAAAAACAAUCAAAAAAUUUUUUAUUCUAAUUCCUCUUGAACAUAUACUGUUGAUAUGAUUCACAUUAUUUGCUUAUUAAAUAUUUUGACUGAACAGCUAUUUAUAUUGGGCUUUACAUAGACAAUGCAUUUGUGACAUUGAAGGUCUGAAAUAUUUCAAAUGGCUCCAUUAUAUGUAAUUCAGAUGUGUUUUUGUAAAACCUUUUUGGAGGACUUCAAAACUAAAAAGGUGUUGUAAUAUAAAGAAAAAAGCCAUGUUUUGGAGGUUAAUUGCCAAAUUUGACUACAAACUCAGGGUGACUUGUGACUGUGUGAUAUAAGUAGAAUAAAUCACCCCAGUAGCUUCUCGGGCCAUGAUGGGAUGUUGUGAAGAAAUGUUUUGUGACGGAUGGAAAGUGGAGGUUAAUUAAGCUGUCAUCAUGUUACCUAUGCUCGUCUAAUCUUACCAUGUCAGUUUUUUUUCUUUUUGUUUUUUUGGAUAACGUUCAACUCUUUUCAUGUUAUGGAAACAGCUUUGCAGAUUUUUUCACUAAUAUGUUGCUCCAUCAGUCCUGUCAUGCAGUUGGAAAAAAUCUGUGUAUUGCUGAAAGUGGUACUCUUUUUAACAGCACUGUUCUCCUCACUUUAAUCUCCUUUUGUAUAAAAAUGUUUUGUAUACUUCCCAAGAAACUGUCCGUUAUACUCAUUGUCAGUAAAUGUACAAUGCCUCUGUCUUUGUGUUGUUUUCCUUUAACUGUAUGUUACAUCCCCCUCUUCCAUUUUAUGUUUUUAUCUCUGUUCUGAUCCUUCCUCCCCCAAAUUAUUGAAUUGUUAAAUUGAAUACACGUACACACUGAACAGCGAAUUUACUGGUGGCAUAUUUGUCUUUGUUUUUUUCUUUUUUAUGAAAAUGAAAAUUGUCUAAUGCAGUUUGCUUUCCUCUUAUGACCACUUGGUUGUUUUUAGGAGAUUUUUCUUUACAAUCCGAAUCAGAUAGAAAGAUGCUGGAAUAUUCUAACAGCAUCCUCAUCUCCUGUACUAAACACUGAAGGUUUAUCCUCGCUCCAGUCUUCUGUACAAAUAUGUCAAUAUAACACCAAUAUAAAUCUUUCUGUUACA